AUGGCCGGUAGAUCCCCGCAGGUGGUAUUCCACGUCUUGGAGAUCACCCUCAUCUCCGCCCAAGACCUGAAGCCGCCCUCCAAUUCGGCGAUGGCGGCGAGUCAACCCCGGAUGAAGACCUACGCCGUGGUGUGGGUUGACCCCGCGACGAAGCUACGGACUCUGAUAGACUGCGUGGGAGGGGAGAACCCCACGUGGAACGAGAAGUUCCUCUUCCGGGUGCCCGCGGGGUUCCUCAUCGGCGACUCCCCUUCCGCCGUCCAUGUGGAGAUCUACGCCGUCGGCCGCCUAGUUGACUCCCUCGUCGGUGCCGUACGGUUCCUAGUGGGCAACGAGCGGCUCCUCUCCAGGCCCCUCGGGGAGCCCUCCUUCGCCGCCGUCGGGAUCCGCCGCCCCUCGGGGCGCUUCCGAGGCGUACUCAACAUCGGGUCUGCGAUCCUCCCCGUCCGCCACGUGUCCACCGUCGCGGAGGAAGCCAUUGCGAGGAGCGGCGGAGAUGCGACGGGUUACAGGGUUUUAAUGGGGGACGGCCUCAAGAUUCGCCGCCCACCGCCCGUGGUGCUGCCGCCGCCGCCGCGGGCGCUGAGGGAGAGGAAUAAAGGUAGGGAACAGGGGCCCGGCGCGGCGGGGAAGGGGAAGAGAGAGAAUGGAAAGGGAGGAGGCGGCCUCUGCGGGCUCGGCUUCCAGAGAAGGAACUUGCCGGAGCCGGCGGAUCAGAACUCCUCGCCGGCGGAAAGCGCCGCCGGCGGAGGCUCCCCGUCGAACUAG